GGCGCGCCGCGCUCGGCUUCGCUCCCUGACCGCCCCUCGGGGACUCCUGGUUCCAACUCGGACCGGCGCGAUGGGCAAGAAGGGCAAGAAGGAGAAGAAGGGCCGCGGGGCGGAGAAGACGGCCGCCAAGAUGGAGAAGAAGGUGUCGAGGCGCUCGCGGAAGGAGGAGGAAGACUUGGAGACUCUGAUCGCACACUUCCAGAAGCUAGACGCCGCCAAGACCCAGACCGUGGAAACACCGUGCCCCCCGCCGUCACCAAGGCUGCACGCCUCCCUCUCUGCGCAUCCUGACAAAGAUGAAUUAAUCCUGUUCGGAGGUGAAUAUUUCAAUGGCCAAAAAACCUUUGUGUAUAAUGAACUCUACACCUACAAUAUCCGGAAGGACGCCUGGACCAAAGUGGAGACCCCCAGCCCGCCCCCGCGGCGCUGCGCUCACCAGGUGUGUGGACAUUGACCGCCAGCCCUUCUG